CUCCAGAGUUUUAGAAGUGUGUACGAGGAAAUCCAAUUGCUUGAAUGAAACUGUUUUAAUCCAGGAGAUGACUGGCGGAAGGAUUUCUUUCUGUGAGAAGAUGGUUUUGCCGGAUCUUGCUGACUAUAUAAAGUGAAAACACGAUAGGCGACGCCCUUAUUGUCUGGAUACAAAAAGUGGUUGUUAUAGUUGUCUGGGUUCGGUUUGCUGGGUGCGCUCUGACCGACCAAGCAGGGAGUGAUUUUGACUACUGCGGCCGCCGCCAUGGCAUGGUAGGGGCGGUAGCGCAAGCGGCACUGGCCAUUGCAGAGGCGCAGCAGCAGCGGCCGCGGCCUCGGCACCUCCAGGCAUCUGCAACCAUGGCGUUUUUCAAGGAAUCACACAGCAGCUUUGCUGUAAUUGACAAAGACACCAUCUAUUUGUCCACACUUUUUGACGACAAAGUACUAAAACUUGGCAAAAAUGAGCAUCUCAAACACAAGGAUGUUGUUGGGGGAUAUUCAGUUCCCCUUCAACCAGCCGUGCUUGGUGGCUGAGGACAGUCUGCGGCUCCUAGAUGACUACCUGGAGGUGGCCGAGAACCAUGGGUUCUCCAGCGAAAAGGCUAAAGUGGGCUUCUCCGAUUGGCUGGCUGUGGAUAGCUUAAGUAAUGCCACAGACGACAGCCAGGAGGAUGCCUUCUCUGGCAUGGAUUGGAUGGUGGAGAAGAUGGAUCUGAAGGAGUUUGACUUCGAUGCACUGUUAGGCAUCGAUGACCUGGAAGCCACCGUCUCCCCAGAUGAGCUCAUGGCCACAUUUGCAGACACUAGUGAUCUGUUUGACACUACUAUUCAACAAAUUCCCAACAAAGCAACUCUGAUAUCAGAACCGAUUAUUCAUUCCCCUGAGUCUCCCCCUGGGGCAGACCAGGUAGCCCCACUAACCCCUUUGUUACCACUUCCCUUCUCCCCAGGGUCACCCAUCUCCUCUGCAGACCAUUCUUUAAGCUUAGAACUAGGCAGUGAAGUAGAUGUUCUUGAAGGAGAUAGGAAAAAUGAAGCCCCCUUUGACCUGAUUUCCAAGUGUAAGAGGGAGGAUGAUGCACACUCUGACAAUGAUAGUGGAAUAUGCCUGAGCCCAGAAUCUUAUCCAGAGUCACCCCAGCAAAGUCCUAUCGCUUCUGUUAGUUCCCUCAGUGAUGGCCAGUCAGUUAAUCCCUUGCAUGAUAGUUUCGUGCGGCCCAAACCUUACGAUCGGCCUACUGAGAAUGUAGUGACAUUAAAAAUGAAGGGAGAAAAGAGAAUAGACAAGAAAUUGAAGAAGAUGGAGCAAAACAAGACAGCUGCUACAAGGUAUCGACAGAAGAAAAGAGCAGAGCAAGAGGCUUUAUCAGGGGAGUGUAGAGAACUUGAACAGAAAAAUGAGACCCUGAGGGAGAAAGCAGAUUCCCUGAGCAAAGAAAUUCAAUAUUUGAAAGAUCUGAUUGAAGAGGUUCGCAAGGCCAAGGGUAAAAAAGUCAAAGUCUCAGAAUAGGCUAGCUGCAUGCAUGUAUAUAAGAGCCAGUGCAAAUUAUGUAUUGCUGCAUAAUAAAUUAUUUUCUAGUA